AGAAAGUAAGAGGAAGAGCAGUUGACCGGAGAAGGAGUUGUAGGGCUCAACAGCGAGGUGACGAAAAACAAAGUAAAAAACAACCACUCAGACCACUUCUUCUCCGAUCUCUCUGUUCAUCGAUCUAUCUCAGUCACUUGCUAUUUGAGAUUAAGGAUGGAAUCAUCACCGUCGUCAUCGUCAGUGAUAACUCCAGAAGAUGUAAUGGGGACUUUGAUGAACGACGGCACAAUCGAUUCCAUGAGGUUGAAAAUCAUUACUCACCUCAAAGCUAAUGAAGAACUCAAAAAUACCACCAUAAAAAUGGUUGAACAAAGCAGGGUUCUUAACACCCCUGGUGCUGAAAAGCAGACCAAAAGAGAGCUAUUUGAUGCACUCCGGCAAGAACUUGAGACUUCAGUGCUUGAGAAAGCUUCUAAAUCAGUUUGGGAGCUUAUUUUGGAUAACAAUGGGAUAGGGAAGGAAAUAAGUGAAACUGUUGAACAAGUAUUCUGUCGGUUGAGUGGAAGAGAACCACCAUUAUUUGUGUCGGAUUUUGGACCUCAACCAGAGAAAGAGAAAGAGAAAAAGAGUGGGCAAGACAGGCAGAAAGAGGAAAGCCGGGAAACUGGAAAAGAUAAUUCUGAAUCUGCAGCAAAGAAGAGAAAAAUGAAUACAGAAGAGGGGAUUGAUGAAGCCGCUAGCAAAUCUAGUGACAAAUCAACCUCAUCAGAUGAUUCUAGUAAAAUGCUGCCACCAAAUGCAAAAAGUCAACACACUUCGUGAAUCGGCUCCAUUGUCUUAUCCAUCUUUUUUCAUCUUUUACACCAGUACUGCUUCUUCUACAUAUUUAACUUGUAACAUGGUCUGUUAAUACUAAAAUUAGAACUUUUCACUAGGUGUUAGGUUCUUUGAAAUCUAUGUAGCUGUAUCAGUUCAAAAAUUGAUUACUGGGCUUCCAGAAUGAGCAUUGCUUUACGUUUCAGUAGCGUGGAAUAUCUAGAACGCUCUUCUUU